AUGAUUCAAUUGCAGUACGUAAUUUACGAAUUGGAAGACUAUUGCAAGCUAGCGAAACCAGAGGAGAGAACUAUUUUUCAUCGCUACAUUAACAAUUGUAAAUCAUUUUAUAUAGGCUCAAUAUGCGCCUUCACUGUUACCGGAUUGUUGCUCAUCAUCAGUCCUAUAGUAGAACCACAUCCUUUUCCUAUCGAUGUAGAAUAUCCGUUUUCUGUGGACUAUCAACCUUUAAAGAUUAUCAUUUAUCUACAUCAUAUAUUACUUAUAUAUCAAAGUUAUGCGCAGAGCACUAAUGUUGCACAUGCUGCAUAUGAGUCUAUAUGGUAUGACGGGAAAGUUGAUUUUCAAAAAAACUUUUUACACGCUUUAUUGCGUGCGCAACAACCUCUAACUGUAAACGUACCUUGCAUGCUACCGACUGUUUCGUUAAAUUAUUAUGCCUCAUAUGUCUCAACUGCUUUUUCUUAUCUGGCUACUUUUCGAAUUAUACUUGAAGAAAGUGAUGAGAAUUAA